ACAUGCAUUUAUUAUUUCUUUAAAAAUUUUGAUAAUAUGAGCAAUAUUCAAAGGCAAGACGUUAGACAAGCUCUAGUUUAUAUUGAUGCUUUUACUAAUAAUUUUAGCCCCCUUACGAUUUAUGAACAUAUGGCUUUACUUCCUUUAGUAAACAUUCCUUGUAUAGAUUAUACAAUUGAAAUUUUGAUAUCAUCUGGAAUAGAAGAAAUAUAUUUGAUUUCCUCUAUAUAUAGUGAAAAAUUAAAACUUUAUCUUAAUAACAAUAAAUGGCUUUCAAAGUUAAAAAAAUUAACAAUUACUUUGUACACCUCUGAAAGCUGUCAAACACUUGGAGAUGCAUUUAGAGAAAUAUACAACAAGGGGAAUAUAUUAAAAUCUGAUUUUGUACUUAUCAAUGGAUUAUUAGCUUCGAAUUUAAAUAUAAAGCCAAUAUUAGAAUUACAUAAAAAAAGAAGAGUAAAAGAUAAGAUUGAUUCCUUGAUGACUCUUCUUUACAGAAAGACAAGUGGUAAAAUUCCUUAUGAUCCUCCAAAUCGAUGUUUGGUAAUUUAUGAUGCAAUUUCAUAUCAACUAUUGCAUCAUUCUACUGGCACAGUUUUGAGAAAUAAAAAUGAUUGUAAUAUUGCAAUUCCUCUAGAAAUUCUUGAGAAAUGUAAUAAUGUCAAAGUUUCUUAUGAUUUGUUCAACAUGAAUAUUUGUAUUUGUAGUCCACAAGUACCACAAUUCUUUGCAGACAAUUUUGAUUAUCAAAGCCUAGCACAUUUUAUCAAUGAUAUACUGAUUAAUGAAGAAAUCUUGGGUAGUCAACUCCAUGUUUAUAUUGAAGAUAAAUUUUAUGUAUUUACCCUCUCUGAUUUGGCAAUGUAUUAUCGGAUCAGCUUCGAUAUUCUUAACGAAUGGCUCUACCCAAUAAGUCCAGAAACAUGGAGACAUCCAACCAUACCUCCUAACGAUACCAGGAUAUAUAAUCAACAUGAUAACAAAAAUAUUUUUUUGCCCUUGGAUAUAUCAACUUUCCACAUUUCACAAAAUGCCGAACUGGAACAGAAUGUGUUGAUAUCGAAUAAUUGCGAAAUCGGGGAAUCAUCUUUAGUCUUUAGAAGCGUGAUAGGGAGCAAUUGUAGUAUAGGCAAAAAUUGCGUAAUCAAAAACAGUAUUUUAUGGGAUGGAGUCAAAAUAUAUGAUGACUGCAUUAUUGACACGUGCUUAAUAGGAAAUAACGUGACAUUACACAAAAAAGUGCAUUUGAACAAACAUUGUCUGAUAGGACCCAACGUAUUUCUGCCAGCGUCACUAAAGCUUCCUGUUGGUACAGUAUGUUUAGAUGACGCGCAAAAGGCUUCCACUUUUUUGUCUCACUUUAAAACCAAAAAAUUUCGCGUCGGUAUUGCGAAAGGAAGCGACAACGUAAAAUACGUAACAUUGCGAGGUUCACCGAAUGGUCACAAGGACACUUAUUUGUACCGAAUAGUUCCUGGCGAUAUAUUGAAACAGGACCUCAUACCUUACGAUAUCAUCAAAGAAGAAACCUUAUCUUCAACCGAGAAUGGGAUCAAAUUAACGGAUAAAAUCAUUCCUUGCUACGUGCUGAAGAACAAAUUUUACAAAUGGUUCGGUCCCAGAAACCUGGUCUUGCCUCCUUUUUUCUCUCGUGAUAACAGAUUGUUUCCGAGUCACGCCAGGGCCAAUAGUCCCCGUCGCAAAUUGAUGGCCGAUGCCUUCGAAAAUGAUUCACAAAAUUCAAGCGAAGACGAAACCGGUUCACGAGCUUCCUCUAUUCAUUCUUCUAUCUCAUCCUUAACAUCUUCCAACCAAAACAUUUCCUCCUUAUCUCACACUUCUAGUCGUCCUACGAGCCCCAUCAAGUCUCAUUUUGCUGAUAUGGAUAUUACAACUAUUCUAAAUAGCGACUCGAAAAACAACUCAUCUUCAAAUAAAAAUUUAGUCAACGAUGCCGAAAAUAAAAGGAACAGAACUAUUUCGGCCGACGAGCACUAUAUCAUGUCCACCGAGGACACGAGAGGUUUCUAUUUCGAGACGGCAGAGUCCUUUCAACGGUGUGAAGAGGAAAAUAUCCCCUUAAAAAAUGUCGUGCUUGAGAUAAACGCAUCCAAGCACGCCUAUAAUGUCACUUUACAUGAUCUCUGGGUUUGCGUCAGUAAAAUUAUCUUCAAGGAUGCCGCCCUAAAUUUUAUCAAGGAGGGCUCAAAGGGGGACGAUGAUGCUCUGAUCCGGUAUUAUCAAAACAGACUUGUUCGUUACAAAGACUUGCUGGCAAACUACUUUAAAACUCCCGAAUCUCAAUAUGUUCUUUUGGAUCGUAUUCUGCUUCAUUCUUCGAAUACUGACCCUUUAUCAAUUGGUCCUAACAGCACAAAAUCAGAUAAUCAUCAACAAAAAGAUUUUUCCACAUUUGCCGUCAAGCUUACUCACUAUGCCUAUGAAAUAGAUAUUAUACCCGAAGAAGUAAUUGUAGAUUGGUUUACUGCCAAGCGCGCUCAAAUUACUUCUCCUAAGAUAUUUAAACAAAUGGAGACUUUUGUGAAAUGGCUUGAAGAGGCUGAAGAAGAAGAGGAAGAACAAGAAAUACUAAAAUGAUUGGCAUUUAUUAUAUCAAAAUUUGUUUUUUUAUAUGAUUUAGAUAAAUUGCUGUUUAAUUAUGUUUCUAAUCAUAAAAUUAUUUAUUGAAACGGCAUUUCUUACUUUUUUAAACAAAUUUUUUUAAAAUCAUUUAUAAUGUAUGACAAUAUUUUAGUUAAAUCGUCUUUUUUGGGAUUAUUAUAUGAAUUAGUAAAUCCCAAAACUAAUACAGCCAUUGUACUUUACUGAGAAGAAUCUAUCCUCAUUUACCUGCAAAUAAACAUGAUUAUAUGGCGGAGUUUGUGCUUUUUCUAAUCCAAAAAACAUUUUUCAGCCUGUUUCUUUCCCAGUUUUUUCUGACUUGUAAAAAAAGCUUUAUUUUAUCUUGUUAAACAUUCUGUUUCACUGGGUAGAUUAGAUAUUUUGAACAACAAUUCUUAUAUUGACUUUGAAGCUUAUGUCUUUACUUUGGGGUAAGGUUUUCGCUUAUAUUCUCUGUAAUCAUUCUCCGAUUUCAAGCUUUAACCUCUAUUUCUUGAAUAACUGAAGCAAUUUAAUGAGGAUAUACCUAAAUAGGUAUCACAUUAUUGGGAUUCAACUUAGUAUAUUGAUAAUUUUUUGUUAUCACAUUAUUGGGAUUCAACUCAGUAUAUUGAUAAUUUUAACCUUGUAUAUUGAAAAGAAUUUGUCAAGGUAACUGAUUAAUUCGAAAUCCAUUUCUAGAUCCAAAAUAUCCUUAUAUGAUUUUAAUCAGAGUUUUAACCAGAAGCUGUGAACCGGGUCUAGAAGACAGUUUUCGUGAACCCAACCAUUUUUUUCAAAAUACUUGUAAAUUCAGUUUCCUACAAAUAAAAUUUUUAAAUGUGCAAUUGAAUAUUUUUUUGGCGUAUAUUAUUGAAUUAUGUA